UUUAGAUAAAUAAGGUAUCUUAUUAAAUGAAUAUUAUUCUGGUUAUAAACUAGGAUAACGUGUAUGAAACCCCGCAUCGGGGUGGAUAGCGUUAAUUGACGGGAGGAUCUGAUUGGCUGCUGCGGGCAGGACGGGGCGGGGCCUCUCAGGGAGCAGCUCCUGUCUGUCAGAGAAGCAGCAGCAGCAUCGAUGGCUCUCAGCCUCACGCACGAGUACCUGCAGAUCCCCGCGGUGACGCGCGCGUACACGACCGCGUGCGUCCUCACCACCGCCGCCGUGCAUCUGGAGGUCAUCACCCCCUUGCAGCUGUACUUUAAGCCGGACCUGAUCAUCAGAAGAUUCCAGAUUUGGCGCCUUGUAACCAGCUUCCUCUUCUUCGGUUCUCCUGGAUUCAGUUUCGUUUUCAACAUCAUCUUUUUGUACCGGUACUGCCGCCUGCUGGAGGACGGCUGCUUCCGGGGGAGGACGGCGGACUUUGUCUUCUUCUUCGUGUUCGGAGGAGCCGUGAUGAGCCUGCUGGCCUUGUUCUCCGAGGUGUUGCUGCUGGGGCCGGCCUUGGUGGUCAUGCUGGUGUACGUGUGGAGCAGAAGGAACCCGCGGGUCUCCAUCAGCCUCUUCGGCCUCCUCUCCUUCCGGGCGCCGUUCCUCCCCUUCGUGCUCGCCGCCUUCUCGCUGCUCCUCGGGAACUCCGUGGUGGUCGACCUGCUGGGCAUCACCGUCGGUCACAUGUACUACUUCCUGGAAGACGUGUUUCCAAAGCGGCCGGGAGGAAGGAAGCUGCUGACCACGCCGGAGCUUCUACGGACCUUGUUCGACCGGCCCGAGGACCCAGACUCCCGCCUCCCCCAGGACGCCUAAGACGCCCCCCCCCCCAUCAGGAAUGUUCAAUGACAACACGACACAAUGUGUUAUUUAAAGAAGCAAUGAGCCCGGGCCCCUAAGGAUUAUGGGUAGUAACUUACUGCCAAAGUGGAGCAGAAGCAAUUUAACGGGCCCCUGUGGAGCAGCUGGUCAACGUGUCGCCAUGACAACGUCACCUUCGUCAAUGGUCUCCAAGAGGACCUCUGAGUCGAGAUGAUUCUCAGCAUCAAACAGAAAGCAUGUUGUCGAUGUUUCACCACGUCGGUUAAUAAUAAUCAUACAUUUUAUCUUUAGUGCACUUCAUCAGCAGAUCAGAGUGCUUUGAACCACCUGCCCCCCCCCUCAGACUAAACCCCCACUAAAACACUAACUGUAGACCUUGAACUGGACUUAUAAUGGUUCUUAUCCAUAACAUGUUUAUGUUCAUGAAACUGCUUAUUUGAUGAAAAAUUGUACUUUUAUGUUCCUUGUUCUUCUGAGUUUGUGUCUCUAUGGUUUAAAUUAACUUAAUAUAAAAGCAUCAGAUAAAUGAUGUGAUGCAAUAACCAGCCGCCCCUCUGCACACGCUGCCCUUUCCCCCCCGAGGCCUUUGUGGGUCAGACACUGGUCAACAGAAUGGAAACUGCUUAGCACAACAACUCAAAACAAGUCCCUGUGUGUGCGCGUGUGUGUUUGUGCGUGUGUGUGUGUGUGUGUGUGUGUGUGUGUGUGAGCCAGUGACGAUCGUUAGGGGUCAAAGGCCUUUAAAUAAAUAACCAGUUCAGCUAAAACAUUUAAGGUGGAUCUCUCGUGUGUCUGAUCUGACCUGAAGGGGGCGCUACAGACAUCGAGUCACCCUCUGAGGAACAAUGAAAGAUUAUUUUAAUCUGUACGUUUUAAACAUUAGAAACGAAUCACUUUCAUCUGCAACAAAACCAUCGGAGACAUUUGUUCCUUUUUAGCUUUUAACAAACCAGUGAAACGUUCAGCUUGUGAAUAAACUAAUAAAAUAAAGUGAAUAAAAGCUGAAUCAUUGUGAGUAUUUAGGUUUUAAGUUAUUGCAGAAAGAGGUUUUUAAAUAAACAACACAAGCUCUCACUGUUUUUUAUUGUUUUGUAAGAAUUAUUAAAAUGUACAAAAACACCAAAUACAACAUAACAAUAUAUAUAUAUAUAUAUAUAUAUAUUAUCUGAGACUGGCUACGUGGUUGUUCAAGAGGUCAAAGCGAGCGACUGGCUCCUCCACGCCGGGGGGGGGGGCACAAAGGGGGUUUUCUUUCUACAGAACACAAUAUUAACAUUAAAAAUGACAUGCGAGCUGCUGCCAAGUCGCACCUCGA